AUGUCCAACAACAUGCUCGCACUGCCCAAAGUGCUGCUCAUGGGACUACGCAAGUCGGGGAAAAGCAGCAUCCAGAAGGUUGUCUUUGAAGGUAUGCAGCCGCACGACUCGGCGACCUUGGCGACCACCGUGCAACCGGAGAAGAGCACCGUGCACUCGAACGACUUUGUGAACUUUGAAGUGUGGGACUUCCCGGGCCAGAAUGAUCCAUUCGACUCCAGCAACGCCAGCCGCUAUGACGUGAAUCAGCUGCUGGAGAACUGUGGCGCAAUUGUGUACGUGCUGGACUGCCGCGAGCUCAUCGACGACGCCCGUGCGCGGUUGCUCGACACCAUCAGCGCCACGUACCGCUACAAUCCCGAGCUCUGUGUCGAGGUGUUUAUUCACAAAGUCGACGCCCUGAGUGAAGACCACCAGGCCGACCUGCUGGCGAGCCUGCAGCGUCGUGUGGAGGAGGAGGCAAAGCAGUUGCUAGAGAAUGUGCAGCCGCUACGCCUGAACUUCAACCUCACCUCCAUCUUCGACCACUCCAUCUUUCAAGCAUUCUCGCUAGUGGUGCAGAAACUGAUCAAAUCCAAGACGCCGUACAUAACGGAGCUCCUGCAGAUGCUCAACUCCAACAGCAAUAUCGACCUCUCCUACCUCUUCCUUAGCCACUCCAAAAUCUACGUCGCCGUGGACGAGCGCAACCGCCUCAAGUCGCGCACCUACGACCUCUGCAGCGACGCCAUUGAGGUGGUCGUGAAGAUGAGUCGCAUUUACAUGCGGCGAUCUGACGACGUCGGCGGAGGCGUGAAGGAUGCGUCGGGGGACUCGGCGCACGCUUUGGCUGCUUCUGCUACCAACCGCACCAACAUCUCCUGGUCUUCGGCCAGUGCAGACGGAUGCGCCUCCGACGUGUCCGAGUUGUACCGUGGCGCAAAUGCAGUGAUUCAGCUGAGCAACGAGGACUGCAUCUACGUCCGCGAGCUGCCAAGCUCCCUGACCUUGGUGCUGAUGAUGAAGCAAACACACCUCGAGAACCGUGCGUUGAUUGACCGUAACGUGGACAUAUUCUACAAGGCUGCCUUUGACAUCUUCAACACGAGUGCAUCCUAG